GGGGGAUUGGUAUGCGAGCGAAUGUGUGAGGGGAGGGAGGCGUCCCCGCGGAGCGAGGUACUACGACGAGCGCGGGCCGGAGGGGGCGGGGGGAUGCGCCGCGGCGGCGGCGGCAGCGGCAGCGGCGGCGGCGCGGGCGCUGGGGCUGGUGUUUGGCGGCCAGAGCAGCGGCUCCCGGUCUCGCUGCGGCAGCAGCGCGGCUGUAGCGCACCGCCUGAAGACGUUUCUGCCCCCCACCUUUUUUUUUGAAUCACCGGAACCAAUGAACGCAGCUGGGACCCGAGCUCCGGAGGCCGCCGGUGCCGAGAUCAGGCUGGCGCCCGGCGGGAACCCGCUUCUGAGGCGGCGGGGGCGGCCGGAGGAGUCGGCAGUGGCGGCGGCGCCUGGUGGGGCGGGCGAGUGGCCGGUGGCCGGGACGCCGCCGCGCUUUCAGCCCGCUCCGCGUCUGCAUCUUCAUCCCGCCGCGACUCCCGGCCCAACAUCGGGCUGGCUGCGGCGGCGGCGCUGGGCUUCGCUGCUGGUGCUCGGGCUGCUGGUGGCCGGAGCGGCGGACGGAUGCGAGCUGGUGCCCAGGCACCUCCGCGGGCGGCGGGCGACUGGCUCCGCCGCGGCAGCCGCGUCCUCUCCCGCCGCGGGGGCAGGCGACAGCCCGGCGCUCCUGACAGAUCCCUGCAUGUCACUGAGUCCACCAUGCUUUACAGAAGAAGAUAGAUUUAGUCUGGAAGCUCUUCAAACAAUACAUAAACAAAUGGAUGAUGACAAAGAUGGUGGAAUUGAAGUAGAUGAAAGUGAUGAAUUUAUUAGAGAAGAUAUGAAAUAUAAAGAUGCUACUAAUAAACACAGCCAUCUGCACAGAGAAGAUAAGCACAUCACUGUUGAGGAUUUAUGGAAACAGUGGAAAACAUCAGAAGUUCAUAAUUGGACCCUUGAGGACACCCUUCAGUGGUUGAUAGAAUUUGUUGAGCUUCCUCAAUAUGAGAAGAAUUUUAGAGACAAUAAUGUCAAAGGAACAACACUUCCCAGGAUAGCAGUGCAUGAACCUUCAUUUAUGACCUUCCAGUUAAAAAUCAGCGACCGGAGUCACAGACAAAAACUUCAGCUCAAGGCACUGGAUGUGGUUUUGUUUGGACCUGUAACACGCCCACCUCAUAAUUGGAUGAAAGAUUUUAUCCUCACAGUUUCUAUAGUAAUUGGUGUUGGAGGGUGCUGGUUUGCUUAUACACAGAAUAAGUCAUCAAAAGAACAUGUUGCAAAAAUGAUGAAAGACUUAGAAAGUCUCCAAACUGCAGAGCAAAGUCUAAUGGACUUACAAGAGAGGCUUGAAAAGGCACAGGAAGAAAACAGAAAUGUUGCCGUAGAAAAGCAAAAUCUAGAGCGCAAAAUGAUGGAUGAGAUCAACUUCGCAAAGGAGGAGGCUUGUCGGCUGAGAGAGCUGAGGGAGGGGGCUGAAUGUGAACUGAGUCGGCGGCAGUAUGCAGAGCAGGAGUUAGAACAGGUUCGCAUGGCUCUGAAAAAAGCUGAAAAAGAAUUUGAACUAAGAAGCAGCUGGUCCGUUCCAGAUGCACUUCAAAAAUGGCUUCAAUUAACACACGAAGUUGAAGUACAAUAUUACAAUAUUAAAAGACAAAAUGCUGAAAUGCAGUUAGCCAUUGCUAAGGAUGAGGCAGAAAAAAUUAAAAAGAAGAGAAGUACAGUCUUUGGGACUCUGCAUGUUGCACACAGCUCCUCCUUAGAUGAGGUAGACCACAAAAUUCUGGAAGCAAAGAAAGCUCUCUCUGAGCUGACGACUUGUUUACGAGAACGACUUUUUCGUUGGCAGCAGAUUGAGAAGAUCUGUGGCUUUCAGAUAGCCCAUAACUCAGGCCUCCCCAGCCUGACCUCGUCGCUGUACUCUGAUCACAGCUGGGUGGUGAUGCCCAGAGUCUCUAUUCCACCCUAUCCAAUUGCGGGAGGAGUUGAUGACUUAGAUGAAGAUACACCCCCAAUAGUGUCACAAUUUCCUGGGACCGUGGCUAAACCCCCUGGAUCCUUAGCCAGAAGCAGCAGCUUGUGCCGUUCUCGCCGCAGCAUUGUGCCGUCCUCCCCACAGUCUCAGCGAGCUCAGCUUCCUUCACACGCUCCUCACCCGGCGCACCCUCGGCAUCCUCACCAUCCCCAGCACACGCAGCAGUCCUUGCCUUCCCCUGACCCGGAUAUCCUGUCUGUGUCAAGCUGCCCUGCACUUUAUCGGAAUGAAGAGGAGGAGGAGGCCAUUUACUUCUCUGCUGAGAAGCAAUGGGAAGUGCCAGACACAGCUUCAGAAUGUGACUCCUUAAAUUCUUCCAUCGGAAGGAAACAAUCUCCUCCUUUGAGCCUUGAGAUAUACCAAACAUUGUCUCCUCGGAAGAUAUCGAGAGAUGAGCUGUCACUGGAGGAUUCCUCCAGAGGGGAUUCGCCCAUAGCUGCAGAUGUCUCUCGGGGCUCUCCUGAUUGUGCAGGUCUGACAGAAACUAAAAGUAUGAUCUUCAGCCCUGCAAGCAAAGUGUACAAUGGCAUCUUGGAGAAAUCCUGUAGUAUGAACCAGCUUUCCAGUGGCAUCCCGGUGCCUAAGCCUCGCCACCCUUCAUGUUCCUCAGCUGGCAAUGACAGUAAACCAGUCCAGGAAGCCCCAAAUGUUGCCAGGAUAAGCAGCAUCCCACAUGACCUUUGUCAUAAUGGAGAGAAAAGCAAAAAGCCAUCAAAAAUCAAAAGCCUUUUUAAGAAGAAAUCUAAGUGAACUGGCAGACUCGAUGGAAUCCCAUUCAAGUGGCAUCUGUAAACUUUUGUCUCCUGCCCUCCACUCCCUUUUUUGUUUUAAUUUUCGGAAGGUAACUCCAUUGGGGCUUUCCAGACUGAGUGCCAUAGUGGAGUGUCCUUCGGGACAACUGUCUACUGUUUGUUUAUUUAAAUGACUAUAAAAUCAAUUCAUGAAGCCAGUUAUUACUGAAAAAUCAUUAAGAGAUGAGACAGUUUACAGUCAUUUCUGCCUAUUUAUUUCUGCUUUGUUACUAGUGUUGUCUAUACAACAUUUUGUUGAAAGCCACUAUGGACUUACAAGCUUUAAUGGACUAGUAAGCCAGCAUGGGCUUGCAAAAAUUUCUUGUUUACCAGAGCAUCUUCUUAUCUUUCCACAGAGCUAUUUACAUCCUGGACUAAAUAACUUAAAAGAAGUAAAACUAAUUGCACUACUGUUUUCCAGACUGGAAAAGAAAAUAUCUGCAAGUGAAACUGUAUAGCGUUUAUAAAAUGACUAUGGAUAGGGGACUGUUUUCACUUUUAGAUCAAAAUGGAUUUUUAAGUAGAACCUAGGGUUUCUAAUUGACUUGAUUUCUGGAAAUGAAAACCCACGCUUUUAUUAUGGGAAGCCUUCUUUAAAUGCAUUUAAUAUUGUAAAGUUUCAAGUCCUGCUGUAAAGAUCAUGUUGUUUUGUUUUCCCCAGGGCUUUCACUGUGAUUUACUGCAUUGCAGCCUGUAUGAUAGAAUAGACAUAAUUUAAAGCGAGGGGGCUCUCAAUUCCUUAACGCAAGUGGAAGAGUGAAACUUGAUUGAAGGACUUAAAACAUUCACAACCUAAACUGAGAUGGGGUGAUGGGAGGACUCAGGCACAUGUUUACAGACUUUGAAUAACUUCAACGGAUUUAUGGUUUGUGAAAAUUUGUACUGUGGAAAAGGUAAUAAAUUGGAGACAUCAUUGUGUGGGAUUGUGCUGAUUUUGGUUGAUAACACUCCACUAAAAAACACUAUAUAUUUUGAAGAGCUGUGUAAGCUGUCUUGUUGCUUAAUUGCAUUAUAAGAAAUAGUGAUGUUUUGGAAGUAAGUUGUCAACAAAGUUCUUUCUAUUUUAUAUUGUUUGUCAUAUUUUUAUGUAGUUUAAAAUGUUUAAAUGUUCUAACAUCAAGAUUAACAAAUAUAAAUUUAUGGUGCAUUUA